AAUCAUUCAUUUUAAAUCAUAUCAUUGUCUCAUCCAACCAAGAAGGAAAUUGGGGAAAAUGGAGAGAAUGAAAUGGAGAGGAUCCAAUUAAGAAAAGCUUUUCAGCAUUUGUGAAACCAAUAAGCUUUUCCCCUCUGUCCCAUUUCCACUCUGCACUCACUGCCAAAGAGUCAUCGUCUUUGCCGGUGAUAGAGUAUGACGGCCUGCGGUGGAGGAUCUACGGGACGGUUGCCGACGUGGAAGGAGAGGGAAAACAAUAAGAGAAGAGAGAGAAGAAGAAGAGCUAUUGCCGCCAAAAUAUUUACUGGUUUACGAGCUCAAGGUAAUUUUAAACUUCCAAAACACUGUGAUAACAAUGAAGUCUUGAAAGCUCUUUGUAUUCAAGCUGGUUGGGUUGUUGAAGAGGAUGGCACCACUUAUCGCAAGGGACACAGGCCUCCACCAAUUGAAAACGGCAGCGCCUCUAUGAAUAUCAGUGCGUGCUCAUCAAUUCAGCCUAGCCCAAUGUCAUCCGCUUAUCCCAGUCCUGUUCCCUCUUACCAUGCCAGCCCAACAUCAUCCUCAUUCCCUAGCCCCUCCCGUUGUGACGGGAAUCCCUCAUCAUACAUCCUCCCCUUUCUCCAUAACUUAGCUUCCAUUCCCUCUACUCUACCACCUCUUCGUAUAUCUAAUAGUGCCCCUGUUACCCCUCCACUUUCUUCUCCUACCCGAGGUUCAAAGCCCAAACCUAUCUGGGAAUCCCUCUCCAGGGGCCCGUUGCAUUCUUUCCACCACCCACUUUUUGCUGCUUCUGCACCAUCAAGUCCCACCCGCCGCCAAUACUCUAAGCCUGCUACAAUUCCAGAAUGUGACGAGUCUGAUGCCGCCCCAGUUGAAUCUGCACGUUGGGUCAGCUUCCAGACGGUGGCACCUUCCGCGGCUCCAACAUCGCCUACUUUUAACCUUGUAAAACCUGUUCCUCAGCAGAACAUUCUCUUAGAUGCCUUAAGUGGCCAUGGAAUGUUUGGAUGGGCCGAAGCAGCUCAAAAGGGACAUGGCGCCGAAUUUGAUUUUGAGAGCUGCAAAGUCAAGGCAUGGGAAGGCGAGAGAAUACAUGAAGUUGCUGUGGAUGAUCUAGAGCUCACUCUUGGUAAUGCAAAGGCACGUGCUUAAGCUCUUAAUGAGACGAUUCCAUUAAAUUAUUAGAGUAGGACGAGCUUCAUUAUUGGUAAUCAUUUACGCCCCCAAAAAAGGAAUAUGGAUGAGCUUAUUCCAUAUCUGCAACGUUGCAGUGGGCAUGCGGUUCAUCAAAACAAUUGUUCCAAUUACGUUGGUCUCAUUUGUAAAUUCUCUUACUAUGCACCUGAGAACUUGAGCUUGAGCAUGUGAUUUCUUGUUGUCCUCUAUUAUAUAGUUCUCUAAACAAGCGAUCACUAUAUGAAGCUAAGAUAUUCAAUGAGUUGAUCAUGAGAGCUGCUUCAUGCGCCGGAGUCAAACUGAUGAAAGGAAGCAAUAGUUCCUGUUUAUUAUUUUAGAGCUUCUCUUGCAGUAUAGUAUGUAUUUAAGUAAUGAACUCAUAGAUCCCGUGUGUUUGUAUUUGGCUGGGUUUGCAAGGCCCUCAAUGAAAUUGUAUCAUAGGGAGCUGUAGCUAUUAUGGUCGUGUAGAAAAGUGCCGCGAUGAAUCAUGGAGAGCACCCAUUACUAGUUGUUAAGCAUGAAGGUCAACAUUGAAUUAGAGCUUAGCUUUUUUUCUUCUCUUGUUAGUCAAAUCAGUUUAAUGUGGAUUUUCUUCUCAUUGACA